AUGAAAGUGACUGACUUUUACACAAAAAACUGGCAAAAAUACGGCCGUAUAUUCGGUGCAUACGAUUUGUUUGGCAAACGGCUUAUUGUGAACGAACCGGAACUCCUGCGAGAUAUACUGGUCAAGGACUUCCACAUAUUCCCCGAUCACCUACAUUUCAACCUGGGCAACACCAACCUGGCCAAGGCCUUGUUUUUUCUCAGUGGCAACGAUGAAGACUGGAAACGGAUCCGCACGAUCACCAGUCCCUCAUUUACGUCGGGAAAGUUGAGGGCAAUGAUGGGUAGUAUCGGUGGUAUUGCCGACCAGUUUGUCACAAAUCUGGAUGAAUAUGCCGCAAAUGGAAAAACGGCUGAUAUGCGCAAAUACAUGGGUGCUUUUGCCAUGGAUGUGAUCAGCGCCUGUGCCUAUGGUAUAAACGUGGAGUCCAUUAAUAACGCCAAUCAUCCCAUUGUAGUGAACGCUAAGAAGAUCCUAUCGGUGGACACGAGUUUCAGUUUUAUGCUGUCCAUACUCUGUCCAUCAAUAGCCAGGUUCUUUAAACUGGAACCGUUUAAUGUAAGUGCAAUUAACUUUUUCAAUAACCUAACGGAACAAAUAGUUGCCGAAAGGAAGUCCGCAAUGAGUACUGACUCUAAUAAAAGGUCGGAUUUCAUACAACUUAUGAUUGAUAACGAAAAGAAUGACAAGAAUUUCGAUUUCGACUAUAAUAGCGAUGAAGACAUAAAUAGACAUGAAUUGCAAGAAUCGACGGAUAAUACUAUGAAAUCCUCGCAAACGCUAACGAGUGAUGAGUUGACGGCUCAGGGAAUACUGUUUUUCAUCGCCGGCUACGACACGACCAGUGCC